AUUGGCCGGCCGUCGUAGACGACUCGGGCGUGAGUUUUGUUUCCUGAACAGCAGGGAUUGAAACGGCAUCGGGCCGCCUUCCAGGUACUGGCGAUGCCUAUUAAUCUACCGUCUGAAUAAUGGGACGAGCUAUGUCCUUCACAAGUCGACGGAGUAGUAUUCCUCGACGUACGGCAUUGCGACGAAGAUUACCUGGUACAGUGAGUCGCGAUACCUUCGGAUCGCACACGAAUUAAAUCCUUCACGCUCAUCCAUCUUCGCACCAUCAGUAACCGGCUUCCGCAUUCGUCGGAAUCAUGGGGUUUCACAGCGCAACCCUCGCCGCGGCUCGCGCUACUCCCGUUGCGAUCCGAGCCGACAGCUCGAGCAAUCCCAAGGCCAGCGGACAAGGUCGUCUAGACAGCAACCGCAUCCGAGGAAAAGGAGUUGUCUCCCACGGCGUCCCUUCCUCUUCCUCGCUCUCGACCAAAAGGAGUUCUCUCCUGCCUUUACGGGGAGAUUCCGCGCGCGUCCCGAGGCCCGCUGCGCUGCGCCUCCGCGUGGUUGCGGAAUCCGCCCCCGCAGAGGGCGCGGGGAAUCCCGCCGGCGGCGGGUCCAAGCAUCCGAGAGACGUGAUUCCCGCCGCCGCUAAGGCUGAUGGUGUCUCUAUUGUAGCGGGUGCUACAGCCGUUGCGGAGGCACCUGCGGCGCUACAGCCGCCGACGGUAGCCGGCAGUGUCCCUGGUGUCGGCGCCGCCGCGGCGCCAGAUGCGGUCCGGCUAGUGCCACGUGUGGAAGAGCGCGAGGGGUAUUGGGUCCUAAAGGAGGAGUUUAGGACGAGUCUUAACCCCGCGGAGAAGAUUAAGAUUGCCAAGGACCCCAUGACGCUCCUAGCGGAGGGGGGUAAGGCGCUGCGGGAGCUGGCUUUAAAGACGAUGCAGGAGGUGGAUGCGAGUAAGGAGGCCAAGGACGAUAUCGACUCGCGGUUCAAGUGGCUGGGUCUGUUUCACCGCCGCAAGCAGCAAUACGGUCGCUUCAUGAUGCGCCUGCGCCUGCCCAAUGGCAUCACGACAAGCGAGCAGACUCGGUUUCUCGCUGACGUCAUCAGCCGCUACGGCGACGAGGGCGUUGCUGACAUCACCACGCGGCAGAACUGGCAGAUCCGCGGAGUUACGCUGCAGGACACGCCGGAUAUUAUCGAGGGGUUGAAAAAGGUCAACCUCCGUUUUAUCCAGAGUGGCAUGGACAACGCGCGCAACGUGGUGGGCAACCCGCUGGCGGGGAUCGACCCUCUCGAGAUCAUUGACACGCGGCCCUUCUGCCAGGCCAUUGAUGACGUCAUCACAGGGAACGGCGAUGGCAACACCGCUCUAUCCAAUCUCCCGCGCAAGUGGAACGCCAGUGUGGUGGGGUCGCACGACCUAUUCGAGCACCCCCACAUCAACGACCUCGCCUUUAUGCCGGCCCUCCGCCGAACCUCGGGCGGAGGUUCGGGAGAGGAGGGAGAGCUGGGAUUCGAGAUGCACGUGGGCGGUUUCUUUAGCAGCAAGCGAUGCGAGGAGGCGAUCCCCAUGGACGCGUGGGUGCCAGCUCAGCCUGCAGACGUGGCGGCUGCCAGCCGGGCAGUGCUGGAGGCGUUCAGAGACCUCGGGAGCCGCAGCAACCGGCAGAAGACAAGGAUGAUGUACCUUAUAGAGGAUCUGGGCAUGGAGGUGUUUCGGGCAGAGGUGGAGAAGCGGAUGCCCAAUGGCCACCUGCCACGUGUCAGCUCCACCCUUCACCACAGCAGCAACGGAAAUGGCAGCACCACCAGCACCACCGCUACCCCUGCCAAUCCCAUAACCCACUCCCUCAUUGAUCCUUCCUGGACUCGCCGCUCAUACCUUGGGGUGCAUCCCCAGAAGCAGCCCGGGCUGGUCUUUGUCGGGCUGCACGUGCCCGUGGGCCGGGUGCACCCGUCGACCCUCUACGAGCUCGCACGAUUGGCUGAGGAGUAUGGCUCGGGAGAGGUUCGGCUGACAGUGGAGCAGAAUGUGAUCAUUCCGAACGUGCCUGUGGGGAGGGUGGGGGAAUUGUUGAAAGAGCCGCUGUUGGGAGGGGGCACAGGGGAGGUGGAGGCGGGGGGAGGGGAAGGGAGGAGGGGAGGGGUGGAGGCAGAGGAGGAGAAGGGGGAGGUUGGAAGGGGUGGAGUUCGGUGGGAUGAGUUGAGUGCGCAGCCGGGGAAUCUGAUGGGGUCGCUGGUGGCGUGCACUGGGAGCCAGUUCUGUGGGCAGGCCAUCAUCGAGACGAAGCAGCGAGCCGUGCAGAUCACCCGGCAGUUGGAGGAAACUUUGAAUCUGACCGAGCCAGUCAGGAUCCACUGGACUGGCUGCCCGAACUCAUGUGGACAGGUGCAAGUUGCAGACAUAGGCCUCAUGGGGUGCAUGGCAAGGGACGAGAACAAGCGCCCGGUAGAGGGAGUUGACAUCUAUCUGGGAGGCAGGAUCGGGUCUGAUUCUCACCUGGGGCAGGUGCACAAGGCAGCAGUGCCCUGCAAGGACCUGCUACCUGUGCUGCAGGAAAUACUUGUUGAGAAUUUCGGUGCAACAAGAAAGUAGAUAUAAUGUAAAGCAUAACGGGGAUGUGUAUGUGCAAGGAAUGUGCGAGUAAUGCAGUAAAUGCCCAUUGAAAGAUUUGGUGCAAGAAUAAAGUAUCCGUAACGGCUGUGUAAAGCGUUGCUGCCAGAUUGCACGGAGCUGCAACUAGUUGUGCAAGGUGACACUGGUGGAGAGAUUUGGUGCAACGAAGUGAGAACCCUGUAGAAGGCC